AUGCCGUCAGUUUAUAAGCGUAAGCCUGGCUCUCGAGCUUACCGCACGCAGUACAGUCAAGAAACGCUAGAGGCCGCCUUGAAGGAGGUGAGAAAUGGUAAAAGUAUGUUCGCUGCAUCAAAAGAAUUUAAAAUACUGUAUGGUACGUUAUACAAUUAUUCUAAAGAAAAUCCAAUUCACGAAAAAGGACGACCGGGAAGAAAACCUGCCUUAUCUGAAGAAGAGGAGAACACUUUAGUUGAGUUGACUAGUCACCUUACGUCUUGGAAGUUUCCGAUUGAUUCUUUCAACAUAAAACAGAUAGUACACUCAUACUUAAUGAAAAAGAACAUUACAGUGAAGCAAUUUAAGGAUAACUGGCCUGGUAAAGAUUGGUUGGCGGCUUUUAUGAAACGUCACAACCUGACCAAAUGGGUCUCCGACAACGUCAAACCAGCACGAGCGGAAAUUACACGUGAAAUAAUUAUAGAUUUCUUCAAUAAUUUGGAAGAACUCUACGACGAAAAUCUUACACCAGACUGCCUAUUCAACUAUGACGAAACCAAUGUAACAGACGAACCACACAACAAAGCUGUCAUUGUACCCAGAGGUUUGAGACGGGUUGAGCGGAAAAUUGACCAUUCGAAAUCUGCUGUCAGUAUCAUGUUCACUUGCUCCGCAGACGGAACUCUCUUGCCUCCCUUUGUCGUUUACAAAUCGCAAAAUGUUUACGAAGGUUGGACGGCAAAUGGACCUAUUGGUACAAAAUAUGAUUGUUCAAAGAGUGGGUGGUUCGACCAACGAACAUUCGAGAGGUGGUUUUUCGAAGUUUUCCUCCCUCACGCUGUCACUAAAAAAGGAAAAAAGAUCUUAAUUGGUGACAAUUUAAGUUCCCACUUCAGCGCUGAUGUUAUCCAGGCAUGUGAAGAAAAUAAUGUACCACUCGAUGUAGCUGUAUUUGGACCGUCAAAACAUUUGUGGCGAACCGUUUUGGAGGAAUGGCGGAAGGAAAGUCGAAAGAAAGGCUCAAUCCUGAAAGAAGUCUUUCCUCUCCUUCUUCGCCGAUGGUUCAAUGGGAUGCAGGAAAAAAAAGAAAACGUAAUAGCAGGAUUUAGGGGCACUGGAUUAUGGCCAUUAAAUCCAGGAGAAGUAUUAAAACGUCUUCCGCAAGCUCAAAGCGAACGGAGUAUCUCCGAAGCGUUUGGAGAAAGUGUCGCAGAAUUGCUGAAGGAGCAUAUUGGUUGCAACAAAAAUCCCCAAAAACGCAAACGUGGGCCCAAGGUUGCACCAGGAAAACCUGUGACAUCGUCCAGUUUGAAACAACCGGUUGCUGGCCCGUCACGUGGAGGGCGACGAGUUUUCAGAAGAAGAGGAAGAGGACGUGUGCAAAAUUUGUCACCAUGUUGA